UGUAUUCUUAUUUCUAAAUUUCAGAGUUUUACCACUGAGUGGCAGUAAUGUACUGCGCAGCUUGUUUACUAACUGCCAUUAAACACAUAAGAAAGCAGCAGAGGGUGGAUAAGAUAUGGUCAAAGUGAGCAUUUACCUAAAUAAAAACAGCAUACCCGAGGUGUUAUUACAAACUGCAGAUGUCGUGCAUCUCCCAUGAGUCUUCUGCAUCCCUCGUAUCGACUUGUCAGACGGUCUCAGUCUCGCGCUAUUUAUGAAGGGCUCUCCCUGUGGGUGUCACACAGGUCUGAUGCUGCAGCUGCUGCUUCCUGUACUGAAGCACCACCAACCAGAGCCAAAGCCCUUUUCGCUUCAGAGCCCCACACCCUGAGCUGAAACACGGAGGAAUUUGUUGCUGGGACGCUGCCGUCCUGCGGAGGGAAGCCAGCCAGAGUCGGUCUCCCGGUGUAGCAGCCGGUAAAAACCAUUGUCUUGUGGACGUUGAGAAGCGAGGAGCUGCACUUAAGGACUGAGAGACGCAGGACACGAUUUUUCCAGGAGCUGGUGCUAGCUAGUAGCAGCUAGGUGGCUAAUGGCUAGUAGCAGCAGGUAGAUAACCUAGAAGAGACAGAAAAAUAGAAAUGUGCCUACUCCAAACGCUAUAGAUGCACCGGCUAACGACCUGACUUUUAAGACGCACCUUGGUAUGAUACGUUUUAUCACAUUGGCUAACUGACAUGCUACCGAAAGUAUACUAAUUUUGCUAACGUUAGCCAGCUAAGUUAACUAGCCACUUAGAGCUGACCCUGUUGCUUUUUUCAGACUUGAGUUUCGAAGAAGGAAAAGGCUAAAUUAGCAGCUGCCCAGCUCAAAGCAGGUUAGCGCAUUAUUUUAGAAAGUCGUUUAGGGUAGAUAUCGACAUGGCUCCCAAAAGAAGACCCGUGCCCCUGAACAUUACGCCCAUUGGGGAGGGACAGGCCACCUCUAACACCAUUGAUGCUGCAUCUGAAGCCAACCUCGAGGCCUUACAAAAGAAACUGGGUGAGCUGGACUUGGACGAACAACAGAGGAAACGACUGGAAGCCUUCCUCACCCAGAAAGCUCAGGUUGGGGAGUUGAAGGAUGAGGAUUUUGACCCCAUAUGUGAGUUGGGUGCUGGAAACGGAGGAGUGGUCAACAAGGUCCGCCACAAACCCUCGGGUUUGGUCAUGGCCCGGAAGUUGAUCCACCUGGAAAUCAAGCCUGCCAUCAGGAACCAGAUUAUCAGAGAGCUGCAGGUGCUGCAUGAAUGCAACUCCCCCUACAUUGUGGGCUUCUAUGGGGCCUUUUACAGCGAUGGGGAGAUCAGCAUCUGUAUGGAGCACAUGGAUGGUGGAUCCUUGGACCAGGUCCUGAAGGAAGCCAGAAGAAUCCCAGAAGAAAUCCUGGGAAAAGUUAGCAUAGCUGUAUUGAGAGGAUUAGCCUACCUGCGGGAGAAGCACCAGAUCAUGCACAGAGAUGUAAAGCCCUCCAACAUUCUGGUCAACUCUCGCGGGGAGAUCAAGCUGUGCGACUUUGGUGUGAGCGGCCAGCUCAUAGAUUCCAUGGCCAACUCCUUUGUUGGAACGCGCUCCUACAUGUCGCCGGAGAGACUGCAGGGCACUCACUACUCAGUUCAGUCUGACGUGUGGAGCAUGGGUCUGUCACUGGUGGAGCUGGCGAUUGGCCGCUACCCCAUCCCCCCACCAGACGCCAAAGAGCUGGAAGCCAUCUUUGGACGGGCUGUUAUGGACGGAGCUGAGGGAGAGCCUCACACCAACACGCAGAGGCCCAGACCACCAGGCAGGCCCGUGAGCGGACAUGGGGUGGACAGUAGACCUGCCAUGGCAAUCUUUGAACUUUUGGACUACAUUGUAAAUGAGCCGCCUCCUAAACUGCCACAUGGUGUCUUCACCAAUGACUUCCAGGACUUUGUGACAAAAUGUUUGAUCAAAAAUCCAGCUGAGAGAGCCGAUCUGAAGAUGCUGAUGAGUCAUACAUUCAUCAAACGAUCAGAAGUGGAAGAAGUUGAUUUUGCCGGAUGGUUGUGCAAAACCAUGGGGCUCAACCAACCCAGCACUCCCACCCGCAGCACUGAGUGAACAGGCCCCCACUGCCCUGACACACCUCUGGGUCUUGCUUGCAUACACAUACAUAUACUGUACAUACAUGUACACAAGCCAUCACACAUAUUGGCACUUUUUUCAUCUUGCUCUUGGGUAAAACGGUUUUGGCUUCCCCCUUCAUUUAUUUCUUCACCAGCAGCAGGGCCCGUUGAGUCAUUGUACUGUAAGACCACAGCUUCACCAUGCCAGUGUCAAGAGUAGCCACAGCUCACUUUUCCACACUGCUACAGAGGAUGUAAAGCACUGAAGGGCUGCCAGUGUGUCAGCUGAAUUUGCAUUGAUUGACAAACUUCUUUUGUAUUGUUGAAUAUUCUGUAUUAAUCUCUUUUCUAUGGCAACAGUUGAUGGCUUGUGGGACUGUAUUUUAAUAAAUUACCUGCUGUAGAGAUUUGUUGGGCUGAGUGACCAGAGAGAAAUCCAAACACAUUAUCUACUUGCAAAUUCUAAAUUGGUUUUAUUGAAGGUGAAUGCAGUUAUUUUGAUUUAAAAUCCCUUUGUCGAAGUUAAUCAUGCUAAAACGUUGUCUGAAGAGACCUUGCAGUUACCUCCAAUAUAAUAAUCAAAUUUGUGAGUAGAGAGUGCAGCACAAAUGGGCCUUUAAGGAGUCAUUUUAACUUUUAGGUAAAUGAGCGAUCACGCUAAACAGUGUCACAAACCAAAGAAGGUACUCAUGACUACUAAAGUUUUUCAAUGCCUGAUAUGUUGUUUUUUUUGUAUGCACAGUCAUGAACAGUAUAUCAGUGUACUUUGAAUGUUUUGAUUUUGAUUUUUUUUUUUUUUUUUUGUUCCAUUCAGUGACCUACACUUUGAUUGUGUUGACAUUGUUUCCUCGACAUACAUUUCAAUCCACAUCCCACGCUGUGUGUCUCACAUACGAGGAGGCAUAUGCUGCGGUGGCCUGAUAUAUGCCAGAAUGUCUUUAUUGACAUUGUGAAAACAAUGAUCAAAAUGUAUUCAUGGGAUGAUAUAGCAUGGUUUAUUAUCUUUCUUAUACUGUAUGUGUAUUUUAUUUCCCAAGAUCAUGAUGGGGAUGAUUAGCUGGUGUUUUUAUCAAAAGCCUGAAUCUCUGCAAUGUCAAUAUGAAAUUUCAAUCACGUUGACUAAUCUAACUUUUUUUUUCUCUUAGUUGUUGGUCUGUACUUUCCCCUGAAGUGUAUUUGGUUAUGUUCUCACUGUACUGCUACGUGUGGCGCUCCAAGCUUUCUCUUGGGACACAACCAGAACAGAGGUGUGCUUUUGGAAAAGACUUGGGUUAAACAUUAUUGAAAACCUUUUCCUUGUGAUUUAGCCCAAUUAAUUGUGAUAAAAGUACAAACUGAUUGCAAGUGGAAUUUCAGUAGUACAAAGGGUUUGAUUGCAAAAAUUUAACCCAGGUCAGUGUUGGUCACAUGGUGGUGGUGUUACAUGCUAGCCUGCCGUCUUGCUAGAGCUCUCGUAUUCUCUCUGCUUAUGGCUGCCCUUUCUUAUUCCCCCAGAAAUGUGCAUUCGUUCAGAGCAAACUGGAUGCAUUGUCACUUGUAUGUGUACAAAGCUAUAUACAAAAAUUACAGGAGUACUAUUUUGCAGUCUUAAUAUACAAAUUUUUGAUUUAUGUAAAUGACAAGGGAGAAGAGUCAUUUUAUUAUAAUAUAAAAAUGUGUUGGAUAUGGUUAUAAUGUAUAAAAAGAUGAAAAUAAAACUUAUUUGUGAAUGUA